UUUUAUGCUCCAGCGCCCUCCCAGGCGCGUGGCUGCGCUUUUCGUUCCCAUGGGUGGGUUGAAACCCCAUCGGCUUCAUUGGCUCCUUGGCUUUUAAACCACGCCCGGCUUUCUCUACCCGCUGGGCUGCUGGGGCCGGGCCUGGCCAGCCACGUCCCGGGCGGGUGCGCGGGGAGCCCCGGGCGGCGGCGGCUAUUGUGUGCACGCGGCGCGCGCUGUCCCCGCGCAGACAUGGCGAACCGGGGCCCGAGCUACGGCCUGAGCCGCGAGGUGCAGGAGAAGAUCGAGCAGAAGUACGACUCGGACCUGGAGAACAAGCUGGUGGACUGGAUCAUCCUGCAGUGCGCCGAGGACGUCGAGCACCCGCCCCCGGGCAGGGCCCAUUUCCAGAAAUGGUUGAUGGACGGGACGGUCCUGUGCAAGCUGAUAAACAGUUUAUACCCACCAGGGCAAGAGCCCAUCCCCAAGAUCUCCGAGUCAAAGAUGGCUUUUAAGCAGAUGGAGCAGAUCUCUCAGUUCCUGAAAGCUGCUGAGACCUACGGCGUCAGGACCACCGACAUUUUUCAGACAGUGGACCUGUGGGAAGGGAAGGACAUGGCAGCUGUGCAGAGGACCCUGAUGGCUCUGGGCAGUGUGGCAGUCACCAGGGAUGAUGGCUGCUAUCGAGGAGAGCCAUCCUGGUUUCACAGGAAAGCCCAGCAGAAUCGGAGAGGCUUUUCAGAGGAGCAGCUCCGCCAGGGACAGAACGUGAUAGGCCUGCAGAUGGGCAGCAACAAGGGUGCCUCCCAGGCAGGCAUGACAGGGUACGGGAUGCCCAGGCAGAUCAUGUGAGAUGCCACAUCCUGUGCCCUGGUAGAGAGGACUGCUGUUCUGCACCACAGUCCAUGACAAAGAGCUAGGUAGUCACCUUCUCACCUUCUCCUUUCUCAAAGCCUUCUGUCCCCGGGGUUUGCCAGUUGCUCCGUGUCCGCUGAGAAUCCACGUUGCCUGCUGCUGCCGCCUCCUGUUCCUUUAGAACUAUGCAAAGACUCUGCUUCCCUUCCUGCCCUUCGGGGCCCAAGGCCUCCGGUUAUUUAUUUAUUUAUUUGCCAAAAAUUUCUCUCCUCAACUUACACGAACACGCCUAAUAAACAAAUGAGUCUUGUGUCUUAAA